AUGACCGCCUCUCCACGAGAAGCAGUGUCUCAAAACAAGAUGAACAAUGAAACUGCGCCUGGUUUGUCCAUUCGGGAUCUGCUGAUUCGAAACCCCGGGUUCGCUAUCCAUCCUCUUGAGUGGACCGCGCACCAUCUUGAGCUCGUGAACUGCCAUUUCCAGGAUGCCAGUGUACCCCCAGACGCCAAAACGCCUGUACACCAAGAGGACUCCAUCAAGAAACUGAAAGAUCUGCUCGAUGUUUACUGCUGGAGGUCCCAAUUGUUUAUCGACCUUCUCACCAAUGAGAGAAGCCCCUUCGAACAUAUGGAGUAUGUCGUACCCAUCUCGUCGCCCGUGUCAUCGGCCACAGAGGAAACCGUCGUCCCCACCGCGCCACUCGUUGUCGCCUUUCUGGAUUACGAUACUGUCAUACGGGCGCGUGAGCAGCGAUUUCCCUCAGGUGACUCAUGGACUCUGAACGAGCCAUCUCGGGAAUGGAACAAACGCAAACUUCGACUCUGCACGCCUAAGAUCUGGAACCGAGAUCCAUACCUCCUCUGCGUCAUGCUAGCUUUGGCACAGUACAAAUGGGUUUUAUUUGAAAGCGAACGCUAUCCUGUUCGUCUUGUUGUCCACACAUCCGAUGACAAGGUGAAUGCUCAUGUGUUCCAGGCCGACUUUCCCAUAGGUGUCGUCGACCAAAUGAUGACUCCUUCGACUAGAACGAACGACACCUGGCCUACGAUCUACCAUACCAAGAUCGCAUACGAGCCAUAUGGCACCUUCGCUGACCGCUUGACCUCGCACCUCCUGAAUGUCAACAUCCAGACAGCAGCUAAACGAGAUGAGGCGGGCAGCAAGACGGUUAAGUCAGAGCUUAGCAUUCGCACAGCUGCGUUGGUAUGA